UUGAUUUUAAAGUACUUAGCCAAAUUCAGUAUCUCAGAAAUAAAUAGCUUAAUUUCUGUUAUUAUAACUAAGAUAUAAGUUUAAUGAUUUAAAUUUAUCAAUGGAGACUUUUGAAGAUAAUUCUAGUUUCAUUUACAAGUAUAGACACAGAACUGAAGGAGAUGAGCUUUCUGUCUCACCAACAUAUGGAGAUUUAAUUGAGAUGGGUAAAACGCCAAAAGAAGGGGAGCAGACGACAGAGAAAAAAUACUCAUUAUUGCAUGAAAAUCGAACAGAUUUUGCAGAGAACAGACUUCGCUAUAUAUUUGUCACAUUAUCUGGAAGCGGAUGGCAGAUAUUUGUGCUAGUGACAAUAGUUGUUUCCUUUACACUAAGCACCUCACUCUUCACAUUUUGCGAACCUGAAGAAAGACCAUUGUCUCUUCGCAUUAUACUGGGCUUAUUUUCAAUGGUGUUUGCUGUUGAUGUCUUGUUCGAAAUUUGGUUAAAGUUUUCUACAGAUUCUCGUAGAACUUUGAACCUUAUGGAGCCUGAUACUUGCCGUGUAGUUAUCGAUGGGAUCUUAGCAUUGCCGUACGCAAUGUUUUUUUUUAUCGGACUAAAUCUACCGAAUGUUUAUGCAAUAAUACCGCUUGUAUUCACGAUACGUUUGUAUCGACUAUUGGAAUAUUUUUACAUCAGCUCCUCCCAGGCAGGACGGAAUCAGUGGUCCGCUUUUAUUUUUCAAUAUCUUGUACUAUUUUUAACGUUCGUUCAUUUGAAUACAUGCAUAUGGUAUUUGAUGUCAUACAAAGAGUUUGAUGUGAAAAAUAUUCGUAAAUCUUGGUCUAUUUCUAUUGGAUUAUCGUAUUUGCCAACUGAAACGAAACUUGAUUGGUACCUCGUGUCUCUCUAUUGGUCUGUUAUGCUUAUAUCGACCAAUGCUCUCGGAGACAUUUACCCAGAAACUACAACGGAGAGAACAGCCGCAAUUAUAGCGAAUUUACUGGGAUUUUUCUUAACUUCCAUUGUGUUUGUUGGUUCCUUGACAUCGCAGUUUAUUACCAUUACAACAAGACGAUCAAAUUAUGUCAGACAGUUACGCAAAAUUCAAAAUCAUCUAGACUUGAUAAAAAUGGACACGGAUGUAACAAAACGAAUUUUGGGCUAUUAUGAAGAUCUUUGGUAUCAAAAGUCGGGUGUAUUUAAGCCGCAAUUCUUACGAUUGCUUCCAUCACCACUGCGAAUGGAAAUAUGCUAUGACCUGAACUACGUACCCCUUUACAGUUCAUUAAUAUUCAGAAACCUUCCGGAGCCUUUUCUAAGAAGACUAUCGGUUUCUAUGAGUCAUCGCUUUUAUUUACCAGGCGAUAUUAUCGUUAAACAGAAUGAAAAUAAGAACCACAUGGUGUGCAUCACUAGCGGAGUGCUGGAGUUUCUUUCCGAUGAAGAUGACGAAAGCCCCAUAAUAUCGUUUGGACGAGGCACCUGCUUCGGUGAAAUCGCGCUUGUCUAUAAUGUUCCUGCAAGGUCCACUAUUAAAGCGGCAACAUACGUCGAAUGCCAAGUACUCGACAAAACGGAGUUUAUCAAAUUGAUGAUCACGUAUCCAAACAUAGCGAAGCAGAUAAGAGAAGAAAUAAAUGAGAGGAUCUGUAGAUGCGUUGUCAGAAAGUCGAAGCAGGAAGCGCAAGAAACAUUCACUCUUAACGUUUAUGGAUCUAAAAGCCGGAAGAAAGCAAGCAUUAAGUGUCUGAAGGAAAAACUGAGAUACUUACAAGGGCAAGUUGAUAUCGAUCAAGUAACAAAGGAAGAUCAACUCGAUGAGAACUGUAUAGACCUCUACGUUCUUUCUGAGCAUGUUAAAAAGAAAAACGAACCAUUCACUUGUUUAAACUCCGACUUUCCAUUGAUUCUACACUAUGAUUGUUAUGUCGUAAAAAUAUGGGAAGCCACCAUGCUAAUACUUACUGGCUUCAUUUGCAUCGUGUAUCCAUACCGCAUUGCACUAAUUAAAAACAACUCAGGUUUUAAACUGCCCCACGAAAUAAUUGUGUCUGUUUUAUUGAUAACUAAUAUUGUGAUAACUUGUUGCACUGCGAUAAAAACAAAGAAAAAGUACCUGAGAAGUUGGAAGAAAAUACUCAAUUACCGAUUGAACACGUUGGGCUUUUUCUUAGACCUAACAGCGAUUGUACCGUUUGAGUGUUUAGUGACGAUACAGAGGAGCGGUGGGUUUCAUGAUAAUCAUAGAUCCAGUCUAUAUUACCUAUGCAAAGCGGUGAAAUUAUGUCUCGUAUGGAGAUUGUCAAGCUUCUUUGAAGAUUUGGAGAAGAAGUUGCUACGAAACACUAUAUUAGUUAAGAUUAUAAAGUACUGUGUCUACCUGAGUUUGUUAUGCUACUGGUGCGGAAUUAUUCUUUACAUGGAAUCCUGCUUUGUGCGACGCUGCUCUGAAAACUCUUGGUUUGAAAGGGUUCUAAUCUGGGAACACCGAUCGCAUAAAACUGACCAAGUCGCUCACGGAACGUCAUAUCCAUGCCUUACAGCUGUGUACUUUGCAUCAUCAAUACUUUUGUCUUUGGGCUUUGGUGAUUUGACUCCUGCAGAUCAGUAUGACAUGGCUUUAGUGGCAUUUCUGAGCGUCUACGGAGUUCUUCUACUGGGUUAUUGCGUGGCGGAAUUCUCUUCUGUAAUCACUCAUUGGUCCAGAACAAAGACAGCAUUCUUAGAAAUCAUCAUAACCAUCGAAAAGUUUAUGACGGAGAACAAUAUGCAUAGAACUAUAAAACGAAGAAUAUUGAACUUCUAUGAUCUUCAGUGGCAAUACAAUUUGGGUGCUGAAUUGACCGGUGAUAAUUGGCUAGAGCAGCGUGUGAUUCCGGAGGAGCUACGGAAGAAGGUGUUAUUUCAAGCUCGCUUCAAAGCCUUGACUUCCAUAAGGUUCUUCCAAGUGAAGAACAAGGCAUAUAUUCACACGUUAGCAGAAAAGGCUAGGGACAUCAUUCUUCCACCGGGAGAGAUCGUUUUCUACGGUGGGACUGUUUCAAGAGAUUUGUACAUAAUAGAAAGUGGUUUCUGUUUGAUAACUUCAAAAUCUUUGGGACAUAAGAAUACUGAAAGAAUCGUAGGACCUGGCAACCACUUGGGGUUACUAGUGCUGCUUUAUGGAGUGCCCGCUGUAAAAACUGUUAUUACGUUGACCCAUUGCAAACUAAUAACAAUAGGAUAUGCGGCGUACACGUCAACAUUGAGCUUGUACCCGGAGAUGCGAGAGCACGAUGGUCUGCUGAGUCCCGCAGAACUGCAGAGGAUCGAGGUCCUAGCCAAGGAAGAGUACGUGGAAAAAAACACAUUUUACAAACAUCUGGAAGCUAAGAAGGUCAAGAUCACCAGCCUUUUUCAAGAGUUUUUGGACAAUUCAUUCAUAAACGUGAAAAAAGAUUACCAGAGAAGCAAAGAGAGCAAAGAGAGUUAUUCAGAUUCCUUCAAGGAUUUCAAAUUUCUGAAGGGAAUAGCCAGUCACAUUUUAGUGCCUGUCGCAAUACGACCAGAUGGAACGUUCUUGAAGAUUUGGACCUUCAUGCGCAUUUCAGCUGCAUAUCUUAUAUGUUUAUUAGUGCCUACUAUUGUAGCAAUGGACCCAGUCGGAAAUGUUUUAAAAGGAAUAAUUUUGACCCUUGAGAUUAUUUGUUACGUAGAUAUUUUCAUAAGGCUGCAUGUUGCAUAUUAUGGACCACAGAACCAGCUGAUAUACCACCCCUACAAGACUGCAAAGCACUACUUAAAGGGAUCCUUCAUCAUAGACCUGUUGACAUCCUUCCCGUGGUACAUGGUACACAAGUAUUUCCUUCCAAGUAGAAACGCGGAUUAUUCUAUGAAGGAGCACUUGAUAACUGUGCACAUGUACCAAUGCAUAUUCAGAAUGUUCAGCGUGACACAGAUUUAUAAACUGUUCCAAGCGUUUGCUGCCGACUCAAUAGCUGCUUUGAAAAGGACAUACCUCAUGAGCGUGCUACAAUUCUUCCUAUUGACAUUGUUUUUUCUGAAUUUCUACACAUCCGUCCUAUUAACGUUAACGUGCCGCUAUGUUCAAGCUACAGACAAACACGAUUUUGUGGAUAAGGUUUCCAAUUUGUCCCUAAGUGGGCAGUAUAUGUUUGCUGAUUACAAUCCGGAAGGCAAUAUGAUUUGUAAACUUGGCUCAUGGAUAGACGCAGCAGGUCUCAUCAAGGGCACAGUGAUAUCACCGGGCAGGGUGUACCUCCUGGCCACGUACUGGACCGCGUCGUGCCUCAGCGGAGCCGGCUUCGGUGACAUCACACCACAAGACACCACCCACACCAUACUGGCUCUUUGUCUGAUGUGCCACGGUGUUUUGUUCUUUGGAUACGUGUACGCGCGUAUAGCGUCCCAGAAGGCGACGGCCGACCAGGUGGCCACGAGGUUCCAGGAGAAGCUGAAACACUUCCUCAUCUUCAUGAGGAGGGAGGGCGUGCCGGUGGCGCUGAAGAGGAACCUGAUAGACUACUGGAGGUACCAGUGGAAACGCACUGGCGGGUGGUCGCAUCAAUCUAUUCUGGGAAAAUUGCAUGCAAAUCUCAACGAAGAUGCGGUAUUGUACAUGUAUGAGAGGACCCUGCAAGAAAUACCACUGUUCGAAGGAGUCGAAACAUCAUUCUUCCGGGCAUUCGCGAAGGAACUCAAAGAGCUAUACUUUCAAAAGGGAUACGUGGUCAUGAGAUCUAAUGAAGUCAUUGAAACAAUGUAUAUCAUUUAUCGUGGGAAGGUGGACAUAACAUCAGAGGACAACGAAGUGGAGGCGUGUAUGGGCCCAGGCGGAAUAUUCGGGAACAUACGCGGAGUGAACCGAUACCUGACCAUGUCUCAUGUCACUGCUUCGAGAAACAUCGACUUGCUGGCUAUUGACGGAAGCAAGUUCUAUACGCUUUUGAAAAGCUAUCCAUCAGUUUUAAGAAAGGUUAAGAGGUCAAUUGAAAAUGCCAGGAAGGAUUACGUGAUACCAACGAUUUCGGAACCAUCAUUUUCUGAACCAUUGCCGUCGGUAAAAGAAGAAGCAAUAAGUGACGAAGAAGCCACUAUCGAUGAUGAACAAAACGCAACGAUAACGGGAGCGGCUGUUAGUACAAACUACUUCGAUACAAGUAAAGAAUCCGUUAUCAUAUCAGAAAGAGCUAAGAUUAACACUGACAUCAUAAAUACUCUCAUAAACAUAAAUUUUCACUUUCUAAUGAUUUUUCAGAACACUGAUCGAAGCAAUGGAGAAGAUUCCCACGGCUCUAAGUCAAUAACUUCACACAAUAUCCGUUACAUACCCGUGCAAUGGUUACUAUUUAAACCUCAUAGGUGGUUUAGAAGCAGUAUACUGCCAGAUUCGUAUCCAUACAUAUUUCUAGAAUAUCUCAGUCUAAUAAUCGCAUUCGCUGAUUUUAUUAUCCUCGUAUACCAGAUAGCGUUUCAAUCGCUUACGUUCUUUUUCAUUAUUUGCGUUACUUUUGAUGUAUUUUUCAUAUUUAAAUUAUUUUUGGAUGUACAUUGCGGUUACAUCAAUCGAUAUGGAGACUAUGUGUUGCAUCCGAAGAAAAUUAGGAAAAUGUUUUUCUCCAAGAAGUACCUUCGCCGACGAGACUUCCUAUCAAACCUGCACGUCAGCUACCUAGCAUUUGCCUUGAACCUCCAACCUGCAAUGCAGCUGUUACUAUUCUCAUACCUCCGAGGUCCCCAGCUGUUCAGGAUUACAUACCUGUUCACGUACCAACGCUCGAACAGCAGAAGUCUGGAUAUCGGGUCAACUAGUUUGCUGUUCAAGCUUGGUAAAAUCGGAAUGUGGGCGGCUAUCCUAUCGCAUGUGAAUGCUUGUUUAUUCUUCAAACUGUCAUGUCUGACGCCAGUGCAAUGCACUUCAUCCAACUGGAUGACGAAAACAGAACUGAACCUGCAAACCGACUAUGCUGAGCAAGAUUACUUUGCACUGUACAUGGCGUCUUUAUGGUAUAUGGUCAACUUGAUAACCAUAACCGGGACAGGCGAUGUUACCGCACAAAACGACUUCGAAAUUAUCGAAACAAUUAUCAUUAUAAUCGUUAUCAAGUUUAGUACAGGUCUCUUAAUAUCGGAAAUGUCAGCCAUGAUCACAGCUCACUCAUCCUCUCGCAUAGAAUACGACUACGGAAUAAACGAGUUGCGAGACGGCUUGCGAGAUAUGAACCUCAGCGACCACCAGAUGACCAAGAUGUGGGACUAUGUGAGGGAACUGUGGAGCCGGCAGUUGGGGAAACAGAUACCCGACCUCGUAACCGAGCUCCCCUUCACCUACCACUGGCAGCUCAUGCAGGCAGCCUACGGGUCGCACAUCAACUCGUGCGUGAUAUUCGCGGGCGCGGCGCCGCAGCUCCGGCGCACGCUGGCCUCGCGGCUAAGACACUGCGUGUACUUUCCAGAUGACUGCAUCGCGCAGUGCGGCCGCGCCGACCGCUGUCUGUACUUCAUACAUCGCGGGGAGGUGGAGGUUUUGACAGUGCACCCAAACUUGACAGAAUCAGUAUACGACGUUCUCGGGCCUGAAGACAGUUUUGGCAUAGCUCAAGGACUAUUUGUGGGUGUCCCACAUCACUUUACAUUCCGUGCUAGAACGGUUGUGGACAUCGUCUAUCUAAAACUGGACCAUUGGAAAUAUCUACUGGACUUUUAUCCGAAAUCUGCGAAAAUCAUACAGCGCAAAGUUGAAAAUGUUUACCUCGCAACUUAGACAAAGAUAGAUUUUAACUCUACCUCUGUAUGUAUAAGUAUUUUAGUGAUUAAUAUUUAUUGGUUGUUAGU